CCAACACACUCACACAGAGAGAGAGAGAGAGAGAGAAACAACAAAAAGCUAAAGAGCGAAAAUGGCAGCGACGACAACUCUCUCCACCGCAAGCUCAAUCCUUUCCCCAACUCUCACCUCCUCCCACGCCUUCCUCUCCCGACCCACCACUCUCGAAUUCCCAUCUCGCUUCCUCUCUUCCUCCUCCUCCACGACCAUCAGCCACCGCGCGACCCACCUCCGCCCCAUCUCCGCCGUCGAAGCCCCCGAAAAAAUCGAGAAAAUCGGAUCCGAGAUCUCCUCCCUCACCCUCGAGGAGGCCCGCAUCCUCGUCGACUACCUCCAGGACAAGUUCGGCGUCUCCCCCCUCUCCCUGGCUCCCGCCGCGGCGGCUGUCGCCGCUCCGGGAGACGGCGGUGGCGCGGCGGCCGCGGUGGAGGAGCAGACCGAGUUCGACGUGGUGAUUAACGAGGUGCCGAGCAGCUCGCGUAUCGCGGUGAUUAAGGCGGUGAGGGCUUUGACUAGCUUGGCGUUGAAGGAGGCGAAGGAGCUCAUCGAAGGCCUGCCGAAGAAGUUCAAGGAAGGUGUGACUAAGGAUGAAGCUGAGGAGGCUAAGAAGCAGCUUGAAGAAGCUGGUGCUAAGGUUUCCAUUGCUUAAAUGUGUUUUAACAAUCUCAACUUUUUUAAUAUAAAAAUUGUGUUUUUAUUUCCCGAGUUUAUGGGUCUUUUUGUUUGAAUUGUUGGUUAAGCUUUGAGAAAGUAUUGUAAUUUGAAUCAGUUUCGUUUCA